AUGAAGAGUCCUAGAGCCUAUGUACCACCUAUCCGAAUGGAAGAUGAAUCAUGGGCACGCUGUGAACAAGAUAAAGCAGAUAUGUACCCACAUCAUUUAGAACGUGUAUUUCAACCAAACGAAGUGGCUUCCGAACUCGACAUAGCUCAGUGUCAACCAUUAAGUGAAACAUGCAAUAAGACAAAGCACUUUACUCCAGUUGAAAUCGCAAAAGAAAUUGAUAUGAAUAUCAACCAAAAAAAGGCACAUGGGUAUGACUAAAUUAACCCAAAAAUUCUGAAAGAAUUAUCUAAAAAAAUCUAUGAUUCAUCUACCACACAUAUGCAAUGCCAUCCUACGUGUAGAAUACGUUCCUAAACAAUUGAAACUAGCCCAAGUGAUCAUGGUACUUAAACCAGGAAAACCACCAGAAUAAGUCACACAAGCUUUCGGGCAAUUUUAAAAAAAAAAAUGUAUUGAUAUAAUCAAAAUUUACCUAUUAUACUUACUUUUAUAGUUAUUGCACAUGAACCUUGAAAAAUAGCGUUUUUGGAAAUAAUCCUAAAUAAUGUGAUAAAAAAUAGACAUUUUUUUUUAUUAUUAUUAUUUGUAGUUAUUGAUGUUUUGAUAACAAAGUUUUUUUAUUGAAGUCAAAAUAAGUCUAUCAGACUUAUCAGAUUUAGAGUUAAAUUUUAAUCAAAAAUAACCCUCAAUUUGUUGUACAAAACCACUGUAGAUAACAAGGUAAAGUGAAAAAGCAUUAUAGCAUUUUUUCUCUUCUAAAUAUUUGAUACGGGCCAAUGUUAUAAUAUAAUAUAUUCAGUAAAAUAUUUUAGAUUUCCAUGAGUUUGAAAUUAUGAUUUGAAUUUAGUAAUAUUAAUAUUGCUAUAUCCUAUAUUGCUAAAAUAUGAUUAUAAAAUGUGGACACUUCAAUAUUUAAUAGAUUUUGUAUAUGAUUUGUGACAUUACGAAAUGGGCACUUUUUCUCUAAAAUUAACUAAAUAUGUAUUUAAAAUGUUUAAUUUUUAAACUAUCGUAUAGAAAGUAUUUUUAGCUUCGUCUGCUAAAAAUUCGGUGCAUAUAUAAAAAUAUGCAACUCCCAUAACUUCUGAGCCAUAGUCAUUACAAAUAAGAUUGAUAAAAUAUAAAUAUAGUUUAUUUCUAAUUUUUUUAUUUAAAACAUUUUUAAUUAUAUUUUAUACACAUUUUUCAGUCAUAUUUUUUUUUCAUUGCAUAUAAUUUUUCAUUACAAGAAUUUUAAAAGUAUGAAUAUUAUAUAAUUUAUUUAUUAUUUAUAAACUCAAUAUAUGUUUAUACUUUCACUCAUACUGUAUUGGGUAAUUUUGUUUUCCUUCUUACCAACAAUAAUAAAGCACCCUACAGAUUCUGAACAUACAGUCAAAACAAAAAUUAAAAAUUGGCUACAAUUAGUAAAUACACGAAUAUGAAAGAAGGCGCCAACAAUGACUCUAGAACUUAAGUAGAAACAGAUUUUUUUGUUAUUAAUAUUAAUUUCUCACAAUAUUUUUUUUUUUUAUCAAAAAUUCACUGAUUAUAGUGUCAGUGUGAUUUUUAUUUUAAAUUAUAAAAACAAAUUCAAUGUUUGUACAAUAUAAUUCCUGUGAAUACUGAGUUUUUAUACUGUAGACUAAUCAUUGACAUCCGUAAAAUAUACAUUACAAGAUAUCAAUGGAAUGCCUCUAAGUAGAUAUAAAUUUAAAGUAUAUAUAGAAAUAUAUAAUCUGUAUAUAACAAGAUAUAAAAUAUUUAUGACUUUUAAAUCUUUCUUAGAUCUUAUAUAGAAAUUUCAUAGAUUAUAUUAUUCAUCUUUAAGUCUCAUCAUAUAAAUUUGAUAUCUAAUAGGCAUCAUUGUGUUUAUUGGGUUUGCUUUUUUUUGAAUCUAAAAACAACCAGAAAGUGCAUUCAGCUAUUAUAAAACAUAUUUAAAAUAAAGACAUUGUAGGAUAAUGGGACGGGUGCAGCCCGUUACUGUUAUAGGUAAAGACCGGAUUUUACAAAAAAUGCAUGUUGCUAUUUUCAAUAUCAUAUACAUACAGUCAAUGAGUGUCCAUAAAUCAAAAUAAAUGUUGAAUAUCAAAACUGUAUACUGCAUAUUUUUGCAUAUUUUGACAUUAAUGUAUAUUCUGCAUAUUUUGCAUUUUUUAACAAAGAUACACUUCACGGUCUAAUAAGGCGUCGAACAAAAACAAAAAGAUUAUAUGUACGUUAAUAUAUCAAAUAUUUUACGUUACAGAGAAUAUUCGGAUACUUAUAAUAGGUUAACUAAACUUACAUAGUGGAAAAGUGGUUUACCUGUUUUAUCAAGAUUAUUCCUUAGAUAUAAUUUUAUCAACAAGAUUAUGUUGAUAAAAUUUCCUGCUACAUUUAUACCAACACAAUUUAUUGUUAGUAUGAAUUAGGCCGUUGACAAGUUAAUGUAUUGAAUUCACGUAUUUUUUAAAUUUUAUUGUGCAUGUUUUGCUUUUUUUUCUUGCAUAUCUUGCCUUUUUUUAGUGCAUGUUUGGAUGCAUAUUUUACAAUUUAAAAUGCAUACAGAUCUGGUCUACAGUUAUAGAUAAUGUAUACCUGUGAACAACGAUAAACCAUUGCUUACAAAAAAACGAUUUUUGAUGCUUUGUCAACAUUAUUUAUGUCAUAUUAUAGUAAAACAAUUAAGUAGGCUCUAUAUAUUUUCUUUAAUAAUAUUUGUUUAAUGUUGUACCAAUUUCUCAGGUUUUCCUGGUUUUUCUGUUUUUUCCCAGUUUUUCACAUUUACUGAGAAAAUUCUGAAGAAAAUCUAAAAACGACCUCUCUAAAGUACCCCCAUAAUGAAAUUUUCUUUCAGAAAAAUUGUUAUCUUUAUAAGUGGAAGCAAAAUUUCUGGUAGAAAAGUUAUCCACAGAAAAAAAAAAUAAACACUCAGAAUCUAAAACUACUUUAUUGCUUAUUGCAAUAAAAAAAACAAUUCUGUUGUAGCUGCAUAAACUGGUUGCCAUGCCAACUCAAAAUUGUCAAAAAAAACUAAGACAUUUUAGGUACUUACUGGAUUCAUCAGAAAAUACAAAUCAUGUAUUGAAACUUCAAGUUAUAGAGAAAUAUUUCUGAAAACGAACUAUUUCAACAAACAAAUGUAUUAUUAAGAGUAAGGCUUGAGACAAUUAAUAGAAAAAACUUUAAUUUAAAACAUCAAACUAAUUUUUAACAAUCACUUAUCUAGAGUAGGUAUCUGACAAAAUAUUAAGCAUAUACUAUUAUCUUUGUGGAGUACUAUACACAAUAGAAUUAAUGAAAUUAUCUAUUUACACUGAUUAGUUCUACGAGUUAUACAUUAGAAAUUUAACUUAUAAAAUAUAUUUUCAUAUAUAUAUAUAUAUAUAUAUAUAUAUAUCAAUAUAUUUUUUAACUAAAACAUCAGUCUUGAAAAUGUUGUCUAAUUUUCAAGUAUAUUUAAAUAGGUACUUAUUAGGUAUAAACAAAUUAAAAAUAAAAACAAUAAUUAUUGAUCUUGAUUAUAUUUUUUGUACUCAACAAUUUUUAAAGAGCAAAAAUAAAAUCUAUUACUAAUUGAGUUUUAAAGAUAUAUAUAUAACAAAAUGUAAAUGUUUACCUAUUAAUAAUAUUUCAAACAUUAUUUUAUAUUAUUAACACUUUACCCAUAGUUUCAUUUAGGCAAAUUGAAUAAAAUAAGAAAUAUUAUUUUUAAUAAUAUCAAAUACUAAUUAGGUAUUAUCUACCUAGAUGUCUACAAUAUAAGUACCUAGUACUUGAAAAACUUUAAAAAAUUAAUAUUAUAUACAUAAAUAAAAUUGGUGUAUAUGAUUUUUGAAAGGAGAAGAGAUCAAAGAGACUGUAAGUAACAAGGAGUGAAAAGGAAGAGCAAAUUAACUUCGGUUUCUCUCACCCCCGGAUAUUUUGGCAGUUCUUAUCAUUUUUGAUAGGGUUUUUUCUAAUCAAAACUAAAAGUGCAAUAACUGUGCAAACAAUAUAUUAUUAUACUCUUAAAACUGUGAUUAUAUUGAAAAUAAAUUUGUCUUAAUUGGGUUGAACAUUGAACAAUAAAUAAUGAUAAUAUUUAAUUUUUACCAUAGCUAAGAAUGCUAAGAUAAAAAAAAAAGGUGAUGUUGGGGAUUAAAAUCCCUGUGUACACACCUCUGAUGGAGAACUAUAAUAAAGUAUAAACUUAAUUACCUAUGUAGUUAUAAAGAUAUUCAAUUAAGCAGGUACACACGAUCAAAUAGUUUAUCAAAUAUUUGGCGAACGGAAAACUUUGAAAAAUGGUUCAGACGAUAAAAUUAUCCAUAACUUAGACUCUGUAGUGAUUGGUCAAAUAUGAUUAUAUUUGUAAGGAUUCAAAUUUAAGUCGUGUAAUAUAAAAACAUUUAUAUGUCUAUGUACUGAUCACAUUGUAAAAAAAAUGUCAUCAACAUCAUGGUUUAGUACCUAACCUAACCUCAUUAGUAUAUUCUCACUCUAUGAUAUAUAUUAGAUAUAAUAUAUAGUUUACAUACAUAUCUACAUUAGAACUAGGUGCAAUAUGAGUUACGACCAUAAAAAAUUAGUAAAACUAUAUAAAUUAUGGGAACUAAGGAAAUUGUUAAAAAUAAACGUUCAAGAUUAGAAAAUAAAGAACCUUAGUACCUACUUUUACUUUCUAUGUAGUAUGCAUUAGUAUUUUUGUAAGUACAGUGAAACCUCUGAAUAGCGGACACUCUCGGUCGCCGAAAUUUUGUCCGCUAUUUAGAGGAAAACAUGUUUUUUUAACAAAUAAAUAAAUUCAAUAAUUUUAUUUUAUAUUAUUUUUACAUUAAUUGAAUACACGAUAAAACUAACAUUUAUGAAAAAAAAACAGUUACCUAAAUUUUUCUUUUGUUUUUACAUUAAUUAAAUACAUACAUAAUUUCUGAAGAAAAAUCUGUUACUUUAAUUUGUUUACUAAUUGCAGGCGUAGUUAUGUCGUAUGUUGAGGCAUUUUCUAAUUGGACUGUGUUUGAGAACAAUGAACUAUUCUGUACCUCGUUAGAAGAAAUAUAUUUACGUAUGUCUUUUACUGCUAGCAAUGCCUCUCGUAGACUUCUUAUUUUUGCCGCAAAAAGCAUUUCUUCACUGUUUCGGGUUGAAUGUUUUUUGAAGAUGAAGACACCCAGUAAAUUGCAUUAGCAUAAUAUACAAUAAACGUUGGCAUCACAAACACAACUAAACGCACACAGGACAAUGCAUUAGUUAUAAUACUUCGUUGACGCGAUAAUAUUUCAAUGACUGAACGGAUAAGAUAAGAUUUUCAUAUACAGUAUAAUAAUGUACACAUAAGAUAACUUAAUAANAUUUUGUCCGCUAUUUAGAGGUGUCCGCUAUUUAGAGGAAAACAUGUUUCCUAUACAUAAAUAGUGAAAAUGUUCCCGUCCCCGAAAAAACGUCCGCUAUUUAGAGGUGUCCGUUAAAGGAGGUUUCACUGUAUUAGAUUCGGUGAGGCAUCGGUAUUGGUUUUACUAUAUGAUGUGUGUGUAUUACGUACAGUUAAAGACAGUUUCUUGUGAUUUUGAAUACGUGUUCAACGUGCACUUUAUAUAAUAUAAUACAAUAGUUAAUUCUCCUAAGAACUCAAAAAUCCAAAUUCAUAAUUUUAAAUUAUAUCUUAUCCCGCCACUAAUUCGUGAUCACCAAUUUUCAAUUUAUUAUCAAUGUAGUAAUCCAAUAUUUGACAAAACUGUUUGACGUACGCGAAAUAUUCGAUCGUGUAAACCGGACUUUAGUCGACGGAAUUCAAAUGUUAUGUAUAGUUACGAAAAAAGGUCCCACAGAUAGCGCUUUUUGAAAAUUAUAUUAGAUUCAAUCAACGGAAUUAUACAUUUUAAAUUAUAACAUUAAAUAGAACUAUAUUACCUAGGUAUAUUUUUUAUUUCUUAUAUAGUAUUAUAGACGUAGUACAAUUAUACGCCUCAGUCAAUUAAAAUUAUCAAUUAAAAUAUUAAAUAAAUGUGUUUUAAAAAUUUGUUCGGUACAUCAGUCAAGGACGUCGUUUUUAGCAUAUAUACGGGACAUUUGACAGUGCAAAAUCCAAGAUCAUACUUCACAGAUUCAUUUGUGAAGUAUGCGUCGUCCGCUCCAGGUGCAAAUCUGGGGUUGUCGUCGGCCACGAUGAUGAAUUCGUGUCCUGUCCGUCUGAGCGUGAGACUGCUGGUGAUUUAUCGUUUUACGAUAUACAAUCAUUUCAGCGACGAUGAUCGCACACCGUUCGCCGGUACAGCGGAUCGGGCACACUGAGUGGUUCCAUUUUUCGUUAAAUUCGAACCUCUCCCCCUCUCAAAAUGGUGUUGAAGGACUAAAGGUCCUUCAUCACCAGCAUUAUAUUAAACAGUGGUGUAUUACACGGUCUCUCCCUUUGUCAAGGGAGGACGUGUUCUUUUUAUUACGCGUUUCUAUGUAAAUUCGUAACUUUUGUGUGCGCGCGUGUGUUUGUAACACCACGCACACUUAUACGUUAUACACAAACGCAUCUUGUAGAAAUCCGACGCGUAAUUAAUUGCGCACGGUGAAAAUUAUAAUUUUCGACAAAAAUAUAAUCAAAGUGGGGAGGGGGGAAGGGUUGAAAAGCAAAACACCUCCACCCCCUCGCUGCGCCACUGAAUACGGCCGUAACGUAUGACAUAUAAUAUCACGCCAGUAUUGCUAACACAUUUGCCAAUGAUCAAAAUAAAUAAUUGCAGGAUUCAUCAGCCGGGAAAAUAGUCUGGUCGUGAUCAAUACUGGACCCCCGUGUUCGGCGCCACUGCCCGCUGUACACAUGUUACAUUAA